UCGUGAUAUGUAUGGGUCCGUGAUGUCUGAGUGACGUUUGUUUAUUCUUUGUUUAAAGCGGGGUUGUAUGUUUUAAUAACAGUACAUGUAAAAUAAUAUAUUUAAAAUAAUGGUAGUAAUAAAAUUUUAUAAUGAUGAAAAUAAAAAAAAAUAUUCAUAAAUAAUUAGAAUUAUAAUAAUACUUGGAUUAACGUGUGUUUGUUGAUGGUAGUGUUGGAUCUAUAAAAUAGGGACACAUGGGAAUACCUUGAUAUCUUUCCAUUACAACAAAAAGAAACUAUUAUAUGUUCGUGUUACUCUACGUCAGGUGCGUUUUUAUCUGUAUUAUUUUUGAAACAUGUCUGGAAAAACCGAAUCUACUGCUACUACCAACUCUGAGGUUAUUCGAGGAAAAAAUAUAAACAUGGAAACUGAAAGAAUUGCACGAGAAAUCAAUUCAGCGUUUGUAGAAUAUAAACUAGGCAAUAAUAUGGAAUAUAGAAGAGAUAUGAACUGUAAUUUUUUCAACUAUUGCGAAAAGAUGUAUAAUGCAUGCGAUGAACAUUUGACAAUAGAAGUAUCGCUUGAUUCAAAUGAAAAUAUUAAGACGUUUUUAAAAGACGUUUUAACAGAAAUGUUUAGUGAUAAUAUCAUAAACUGGGGCCGUAUAAUUAUGGUGUUUGUGAUUGGAGCGAAAUUAGCUGUGUUAUGUAAAGAUAAAAACAGAACUGAUUUGAUUGAUCAAGUAAUACAGAGUGUAGACAAAUUCCUGAAGACGGAAUUUUUGGAAUGGAUUAAUUUGAAAGGAGGAUGGAAAAAUUUCGAUCAAUCGUAUACUGAACACAAUAGGAUUACAGAGACUCCUCUAAUCAACGUUUCGCUGGGGAUAGCGUCAAGUCUUGUAGCAACUCUUUUUCUAUUCAAAACAUUUUGCCAAGGAUGACAUGUAUAAAGUAUGUUUCGCCUAUCUAAGUAGUUCUGAAAAGAACUGUUGUUGUUGAGAAUGUCUCAACGUUAAAUAAUAGUGAUAAUAACUUACAUGAUCUCACGAGUGUUCCAAAAAUGAUAAAGUGGACUGAUAAGUUGACUGAUAACGCAUAGCGGGUUUUUUAAACUGAUGACGCAUAGCGAGGUUUUCUAUUGACAGGCUCAGUCACGUUGAAGUCUAACGAAUAAUGACGUAUAAUGAAAAGAUCGAAACAUGCGCUGGUACGUAUGACGCUUGAUUAAAAUCAACCAUUGAGCGAAGCGCAUUAAGAUUUCGUCUGAUGAGUAACGAAAAAGGCGAUAGAUAUGCGGGCACAUGAUGUCAUGAGUGAAAUUAACCAAUGAACGAUAUGU